CCUGAGCAGAAGUAUCAGAAGAGACAAACAGGGAACAAUGAUGCUCCUGCUCCUGUCUGCUCUGCUGCUGAGCCUGGCGGUGGAUGCCUCACCUGACGACAGAUUCUUCAUCUCAGCUCCUAACGUGUUCCAUGAGGGAGUGAAAGAGAAAGUCUUUGUGCAGCUGGGCAAAAACCAUCUAAAUAAAAAUCUUCGGAUUUACUUGGAACAUGAGAGUUUAGGCAUUGUUUUGUCAGAUACAGUGACUGUUACCUGUACAAAGGAAGAGAAAGGGGAGCUAACAGAGCUGAUGAUAGACCAGAAAAAGCUCUCCACCCUGUCACCCAGACCUAGCUAUGUCAUGUUGGUGGCAGAAGGCCUUUCUGUGGACAGAAAGAUGACCAGGGUGCUGCUCUCCCCACACAGAGGCCACAUCUUUAUUCAGACUGACCAGCCUCUGUACAAACCCAUGGACACAGUGAAAUUCAGGAUAUUCACUCUUGACCACACAUUCAGGCCAUCAGAGGAGGUUUUUCACUUGUUAUUGUAUAAUGCACUUGGAAACAGAGCAUUGAAAGCAAUUUACACUACGAAGGGAGGCCUAUUUGAAAAUCAUUUUGUCAUUCCAGAUGUAGCUAAAACAGGCAUAUGGAGGAUUGUGGCACACUAUGAAGGAGAUAGAGAUCAUGCUGUUUCUAAAGAGUUUAAAGUUCAAAAGUUUGUGAUGCCCAGUUUUGAAGUGAACGUUCAAAUGGAGAAUAACUACAUUUUAGUCAAUACUAAAGAAGAAAAUAUCAACUUCAGAAUCUUGGCAAGGUAUACACAUGCAAACCCAGUGAACGGGGCCUACCACUGUCAGUUUGGAGUCAUUCCAAAAGGAUCCAGUGCAAAGCCAACCUUGAUUAAGGGCAUGGAGCAGACUGGUUCUAUCAACGAUGGAACAGCAUCAGUUUCAGUGAAUAUUGCAAAAUUAAAUCAGAAAACCCAAGAGCAGACAAACCUGAGCUUGUCAGAGUUAGAGGGCCGCGGGGAACUUCUGUAUUUGGGAGUACUUGUCACUGACGUACAAAAUGGAGAAAUACAAGAGCGACAAAUGUUUAUACCUGUAGUGUCUCACAAAUACAGGAUUGACCUUUCAAGAACUGUCUCUCAUUUCAAACCUGGAUUUCCAUUAAAUGUGGCAGCGCUGGUUCGUCUUCCAGAUGGCUCUCCUGCAGAGAAAGUGCCAGUAACAAUGACUUUAAUGGAUCAAACAGGGCAAAGUACAACUAACCUGCAGGGGGCAGUGUUUUAUACAUUUAAUGUCGUGUCCACGAAUGCAGUGACUCUUACAGUGUCUGUUGAUGACAGCAGUGAAUCCAAAGUAAUAAAUGCUGCUGUAUCUCCAGUCGACCUCUACCUGGAUGUACUUCAUAAAGAGUACACAGUGGGAGAUGAACUACAAGUGAAGUUCAUGACUAAAAACGCUCCACAGACUGGGGUCAUACACUACCUGGUGCUGAGUCAAGGAUCUAUAGUCGACACAAAUCAUGUGAACAUGAGAGAUGCAAUCACACAGACCCCACUGAAGCUGCAGAUAUCAGACAACAUGGUGCCAUCCUUCCGUAUAAUUGGCUACUUCUACACUCCAAACAAUCACAUCAUCAGCGACUCUGUGUGGCUGGCUGCCAAAGGCAAUUGUGAGGAAAAGGUGAAGGUUGAACAUAAAGCAACAGUUGAACCACGACGUUUGUCCAAGUUAGAUAUUGAUUUGUUCGGGCAAGAAGCCACAGUGGCUCUGCUGGCAGUGGACACAGCCUUCAAUAGCCUUAAUGCAGACAAUAAACUCACUCAAGAGCAGGUGUACUCCUCAAUGGAGGCCUAUGACCUGGGCUGUUCAUAUGGUGGAGGACAAGAUCCUGGCUCUGUUAUGGAAGAAGCGGGGUUGGCAUUUUUUACAACCGAGACUAAGGCGAAAUGGAGAAAAGAUUUGAAGUGCCAUUCCAAAGUACGACAAAAGCGAUCUGUGGACCUUGAACAAGAAAUGAUGGAAUUAAAAUCCAAGUAUGAAGAAGAGAUUUUGCAAAGCUGUUGUGCCCAUGGGUUCCUUCUUAUCCCUAUGCAAUGGUCAUGUGAAGAGAGGGUUAAGAGGGUCUUUGAGCUCCAGGGAAACACCUCCUGUACUUGGGCCUUCAGGGACUGCUGCCUGGAAGGGCAGCGCCUGAGAGAGCAGAGGGCCAAAGAGGAGGCUAAGAAAGGACUGGGCAGAACUACAAGUUUACUUGAUAUUGAAGAGCACUUCUUGACCACAGACAAUGCAUUCAUUAGGAAAGUUUUCUCCUCCUCGUUUGCUUUCACAUCAUUUCCUGUAAAGGGCAAAGCAAGCUUCCGGCUAGGUUUGCCUGAUUCUAUCACCACAUGGGAGAUUCGAGUUGUCACUUUGUCCAAAGCAUCAGGUUUGUGUGUCAAAAAACCAAGUCUGCUGAGGGCGUUUAAACCAGUUUUUGUGUCUCUGAGACUUCCUACUUCAGUUAGGAAGUACGAGGAAAUGUUUAUUGCUCCAGUCAUUUACAACUACGAUAGUGCUGACCUUCAUGUAGCAGUGCACAUGGCCCAGAGUGAAGGCCUUUGUUCUCCAGGCUCAGCUACCUCAGUGUCAUUUGUAAACGUCACCGUGAGCCCAGACUCAUCACAGACAGUCACAUUUUCGGCUGUCCCAAUGAGAAGUGGCUCCAUACCUAUUCAAAUACGCCUGUAUGACAUAAAUAAAGAAUCAGAAUUAGAUGCCAUUGAGAAGAUUUUGAAUGUAUGGACAGAGGGAGUUGAAAAGACUGAAGAAGAAACGACAAUAAUACAUUUAAAUGGAACAAAUGAUGUAACCAGGAAAAUUAAUGGAAAGUUACCAGAUGACACAGUUCCUGAAUCUACAUCCAACAUUUUCAUUUCAGUGGAGGAGGAUGGAUUUAGCAAGUCACGUUUGAAGAAUCUUCUUAAUCCAGAGAAAGUUGCUAAGCUCAUUCACCUGCCUAGUGGCUGUUUGGAACAAACAACCAGGACUCUCACUCCGACAGCUGUGGCUGUGCGCUACCUAGAUCUAAGUGACCAGUGGUUCAGCAUGCCUCCUGGAAGCCGAGAUGAAGCAGUUAAUUAUAUUGGGAAAGGUGUCGCUAGAAUUGUACAAUUAUUAACCCAAAGCAGGUCACCAGGGGCUUAUGGGUCAUGGCCCAAUCACAGACCCAGCACUUGGUUAACUUCCCAUGUGGUGAAAGUUCUGUCAAUGGUGGGGAAACGCCAGCUGUUUACAUUUGAUCGAGAGGGAAGAAAGAAAAUAAACACACCAGUACAGCAAAUCAUAGAAGGAGUCAGAUAUUUGAGUGCUAAACAGGAAGCUGAUGGCUCAUUUAGCGAUGCAAAUCGUGUUCUACAUAGAGGCAUUUUGAACGGUGUAGAUAGCAAGGCAUUCAUGACGUCCUUUGCUACUCUAGCAUUAACCCAGUCUCUUGAUCUAUUGAACGAACAAGAAAAGAGUUCUACGCUGGCUGUCAUAUCAAAAGCAACAGAAUAUCUUUGGUCGAACUUUAAUCAACUGCAACAUCCAUUAGCUGUUGCCAUCACAGCAUAUUCCCUCGCAGUAAGUAAAGAGUAUGCUCCAGAGGUCAGACGCAAGAUUGACUGGGCAAAAUUUGAAGCUACAGACAAGGCUGCAAUUACAGUAGAGACCACAGCAUAUGCGUUGCUGACUGCAGUGGCCCUUAAAGAAGUCCAGCAGGCAAAUAAAUUAGCACACUGGUUAACCACACAAGAAAAUUACUAUGGUGGCUUCUACUCAUCACAGGAUACUUUAGUAGCUUUGGAGGCUCUUUCAGAAUAUGAAAUGAUGGCACCAGCCACAUCUGAAGCAAAUUUAGAGGCAUUAUUCACAGCUCAAGGGAAAAACUAUGUUGAAAAGUUACAGUUGGAUAACAAAGACAAGGUGGAAAAGGACCUAAAGCGCUUUGUUGGGAGGGAUAUUACAGCAACAUUCAAAGGAAGUGGAAAAGCCAUAGUUAAAGUUCGAAAAGUGUUUCAUCUGAUGGAACCCAAAGACAUUUGUGAUAAAGUGUCAAUUGAAGUGAAAGUGAAGGGGAAAGUCAAGUACACUGUUGCAAUCCAAGAGAAUUAUGAAUACUAUGAUGAUGACAAUAUGGGUGAUGACAACCGAAUGUCUCGUACCGCCAUUGAGUGGAUUGAUAUUCGCACGCGCAGGAGAAGAGAUGUGGACAGUGACCAAGCUGAUGAUCACUUUGUCACUUAUGAAGUUUGUGUCAUGCAUAACCCUACCUAUGAGCUCACAGGAAUGGCAAUUGUUGAUCUUACACUCCUGAGUGGGUUUGUGGCUGAAGCAGAGGACCUGGAGGCUCUUAAAGCUCCCCCGGAACAAUAUAUCUCCCACUAUGAACUGUCACAUGGAAAAGUUCUGAUCUAUCUGAAUCAGCUUGUUGAACAAAAGCAGUGCUUUGAGUUUGAUGCUAAACAGUUGCACACAGUUGGCCUUCUGCAGCCUGCGCCUGCAGUCUUUUAUGAUUAUUAUGAGCCAGGUCACAAGUGUACUGUUUUCUACUCCGCUCCAAAGAGGAGCAAGGUGAUCUCCAGGCUCUGUUCGGGAGAUGUGUGCCAAUGUGCAGAAAGACCUUGUCACAAAAUAAGAAAUACAUCCAAGAACGCUGAAGAAGACCGCCAAAAUCACGCUUGCUUCUAUCCUCUUGUGGAUUAUGCAUACAUGGUGACAGUCAUGGAGGCUUCUGAGAAAAACAACUUUGUACUAUACAAAACCAAAGUCACUGAUGUGUUGAAAAUCAAUGGGGAUCAUGUUGUGAAGACUGGCUCUCAUCGCGUGUUUGCCAAAAGACGACAGUGUAAAAGCAGAUUAGAAGAGGGAAUGGAGUACCUCAUUAUGGGAAAAGAUGGCACCACUACCGACUCCCACGGGCAGAAACAGUAUCUUUUGGAAGCGAACACUUGGGUUGAACCAAAACCAUUUGAUUGCGAUAAAACUGACCAUGCAAAUUUCUGCAUUGACUUUACAAAUUUUGUGGAAGACUUCAAGGCUAACUCAUGCAGACAGUGAAUAAAA